AUGACACCAGAAAAAUACGAACAUUUGUUGCAAUUGGAAGCUCCAAAAAUUUUAAAGAGUUGUGUAAAAAGGGAAGCAAUUCAGCCAGGAGAGCGCUCAUUAGUCACUCUCAGGUAUCUUGCAACUGGAGAUGCACAAACUACUAUUGCAGAAAGCUACAGAAUGAGUAAAACUUCUGUUAGUAGGAUCGUUAAAGAGACUACAGAAGUAAUUUGGACUGAGCUGUUUAAAGCAGGAUAUCUUAAGGUCCCAAGUAGCGAAGACGAAUGGAGAAAAAUAGCAGAAGAAUUUGAGGAGAAAUGGAUCUUUCCAAACUGUGUUGGUGCAAUAGAUGGAAAGCACGUUGUUAUGCAAGCCCCUGCCCGCAGUGGGUCAUUCUUUUUUAACUAUGAGAAGACCCACAGUAUAGUAUUGAUGGCUGUUGUGAAUGCCAACUACGAAUUUACAAUGAUCGACAUCGGAGAUUCAGGAAGACAAAGUGAUGGAGGGGUUUUUGCAGCAAGCAAGCUUGGUUUUGCUAUGGAUAAUGGUUUGUUGAAACUCCCUAAAGCUAGAAUGUUGCCAGGGACUAAUGAUUUUUUCCCGUAUGUUUUCGUUGGAGAUGAGGCAUUUCCUUUAAAGCCUUACCUAAUGAAACCAUAUGCAAGAAAUGCGAUGGGUACCGAGGAGCAAAUCACUAACUACCGUAUUUCCAGAGCUAGGCGUCAAGUAGAAAAUGUUUUUGGUAUAUGUGCCUCGAGAUUUAGAAUUUUUAGAAGGCCAAUAAUUGCAGAGGUUGAGACAGUUGUUUCCAUUACCAAAGCCGUGGUUGCCCUUCAUAAUUACCUUAUGUUUGGGAGAAAUUUGGAGAAGUAA